AUGAGCGGCUUCAGCCACGACGCGCUCGUCUUCCUCGCGGCCACCGUCGUCGUGACGCCCCUGUCCCGCGUGCUCGACGUGUCGCCGAUCCUCGGGUACCUGGUCGCGGGCUGCGCCUUGGGUCCGGCCGGUCUGAACACGUUCCAGGACCUGGCCGUCGACGACGAGCUCGCGGAGAUCGGGAUCCUCUUCCUCUUAUUCGAGCAGGGCCUGGAGCUCACGCUCGAGCGGCUCGAGGCGCUCAAGGUCUACGCGUUCGGCCUCGGCACGGCGCAGGUGCUGCUCUGCAGCCUGUGCUUCGGCGCGUUCCCCUUUUUGGGGGGCGUCGAGUUCCUGGAGAAUCUCGUGGGCGCGCGGCCGGAGCUCGUCGCCAUCGCGCGGCCCGACGAGGCGCUGGUCAUCGGCGCCGCGCUCAGCCUGAGCUCGUCGGCGUUCGUUUUACGAUUGCUCCAGGAGAAGAAGCAGUCCGACGAGAAGUUCGCGCUCGCGUGCCUCGGCGUGCUGCUUCUCCAGGACGUCGCCGUCGUGCCGCUCCUGGUCUUGUUGCCCAUCAUCGAGGACACGCAGGUCCUCGGCUUCGACGCGGACCUGUGGUCGCUCGCCGCGUCCGCGCUCUCGUCGACGGGCGCGCUCCUGGGCGCGCUCCUGGGCGGCCGCGUCGUGCUGCGGCGCGUCUUCGCGGCCGUCGCCGGCGCGCGGUCCUCGGAGACCUUCGUGGCGCUGUGCCUGCUCGUGGUUUUGGGCACGGGCGCUUUGACGGACGCGCUCGGCCUGUCGUCGACGCUCGGCGCGUUCGUCGCGGGCGUGCUCCUGGCGGAGACGAACUACCGGGACCGCAUCGAGGCGGACAUCCAGCCCUUCCGGGGCCUGCUCCUGGGCCUCUUCUUCGUGACCACCGGCGCGGCCGUCGACGUCGCGCAGGUCGCGCAGGAGCUGCCGACGGCCGCGGCGCUCCUCGUCGGGCUCCUCUCGAUCAAGACGCUCGUGGUCUUCGCCUUCGGGACGCUCGCCGUGGGCCUCGACCGCCGCGACGCCGUGCGGGCCGCGCUGCUCCUCGCGGGCGGCGGCGAGUUCGCGUUCGUCGUUUUAACGCUCGCGGCGCGCCUCGACGUGCUCCCGCCGGACCUCGCGCGGUUGGACACGGCCGUCGUCGUGCUGUCCAUGGCGCUGACGCCCGCGCUCGGGUUCCUCGAAAAGCGCACGGACCUGGCCCACGGCGACGUCUCCCGGGCCCUCGAGACCGUGCGCGCGCGCAUCGAGGAGCGGAGCGCCGCGCUCCGCCGCGUCGCCGGCGUAGCGCGGACGACCGUGUCCGGCGGCGGCUUCGACCUGGACGCGGACGCGUCCCGCGGCGUCGUCGCGGGCGCGCGGUCGCGCGCGGCCCGCGACCUCGACAUCUUCUACUCCGGCGGCGACGACGGCGCGGGGGAGGCAUCAGCUUAA